GUUUGUCACGCCUCAUGUUACAGGAAGGUACUUUGCUUUUCUCCAAGCGUUGAAAAUUCCCAGACACGUUUCCCCAAAUAUCCAUCUCUUCCUUCCUCCUUCAUAUUUUCCCUUCCCACCUUCUGAUCUCUCUCUAGUUUUUCUCCCAACAAUGGGUGGUUCUGUCACUGUCAAGUCCGAGGUUUCCCUUCUAGAAUCUUCUCCCUCUCCUGUGGAGAAACCUGAAGGAGUUUGUUCCAACAUAGAUGAACACCACCUGGUCCAACCCAAUAUGAAUGACUCCUCAACCAACAAGUCAGUGCCAGCGUCUGGACUUAAUGCAGUGAUUCCUAGUACGAACCAGCUUACCAUCUUCUACAAUGGGAGUGUUUGUGUCUAUGAUGGAAUCCCUGCAGAAAAGGUGCAUGAAAUAAUGCUUAUUGCUGCUGCUGCUGCCAAGUCUACUGAAGUGAAGAAGAUUGGGACCCAAUCUACCCUCAUUUCACCUGUUCCCACAAGGCCUUCUUCUCCACAUGCAAUCACCAACAAUAUUGCUGCCUCACAGACAAAUUCCAUCUGCAGGCUGCAAGAAUUUCCAAUAGCUCGCAGGCAUUCACUUCAAAGGUUUCUUGAGAAGCGGCGAGAUAGGUACUAUCUACCUGCCAUGUUUAAUGGGGGUUUCUAAUAUUUGUUCAGUUUAGAGACUCCUAUUUUAUUUAUGGUCUUAUUAGUAUAAUUUUUUUGGUUAAAGGCUGGGUAGCAAAGCUCCUUAUCCUUCCUCAUCAACCACUAAAGUGGCUGAUAACAUAGAGAACAACUUCUGUGCUGACAAUGCCCCAGAACUGGUUUCCUUGAAUCGAGCAGAGGAGGAAUUUCAUCCAACUGUCUCUGCCUCUUGAGCUACUAGUGUUUGUUCUAUGUUAUCUCCUGUGAUACUGUGGAAGAUCAUAUAUUUGCAUGUAGAAUCACAUAUACUGAUAUAAUUAUAUCGUUAGGUUCUGAAGUCUAUAAAUGUGUUUUAUAUGUAACAUAGCUAUGUAACAGCUAUUGAACCUGAAAUGGUUUGUAACAGUGUUUGUAUCUGUGCACGUUAGGAAGUAUGGUUUGUGUUCUGAUCACCCUAUAUUAAACUGUUCCUGUAUUUGAUUAUGUGGACAACUGAUUAUCUAUUAUGUUGAUGUUCCACUUCUAUUUU